GGGAGUGACGGCCCCCGGGUCUCCCGGUGUCCCCGGGCGUGUCCCGGUGCGUCCCGGCCUGUCCCACCUGUCCCACGUGCUCCGGGGAAGCCCCCGAAGGCUCCGGCCCCAGGGCCCCCCCUUGGGUCCCCCCGGAGCACCGGGAUCUCCCGGGGCCCCCUGGACCCCCGGGGACCCCCGGAAGGCUCUGCAGUACUGGGACCCCCUGGGACCCCCGGGGCACCGCGACCCCUGAAACCUCCCGGACUACUCGGAACGCUCCGGACCCCGGGACCCCCCGGGACCCCCCGGGGAGCCGAGACCCCCCCUGCUCUGGUCCAUUGGAAGCCUCGAGACCUCGGGACUCCCCGGAACACCCCGGACCCUGAACCGAGACCCCCGGGACCGCCAGGACCCCGCGGAGCACCGGGACCCCUCCGGACCCCCGGGACCCCUCCGGACCCCCCGGCUCCACCCGGGCCCCCCGCCCAUGUUCCGGCGGGACCAGCGCAGCCGCGCCACCGUGGCGCGGGGGUCGGCGCUGGACAUGGAGCUGCGCCGGGGCCGCUGCCGCCCCCCCGACCCCGCCCCGCAGGAGCCGGAGCUGCAGCGGGCCCUGGAGCGGGCCCUGCGGGUGCGGGAGGGGGCCCGGCGGCUGCUCCCCGCCUGCAGCCGCCCCGAGCAGGCCCUGGAGACCACCAAGACCCUGGUGCUGUGCGAUGCCAGGGUGGUGGCGGCGGGGGGGGAGCUGCAGCGGCGCCAGGAGGCCCGGCUGAGGGGGGCACGGCGCCCCUCGGACGCCGGCCCCGGGGCGGAGCGGGAGCCCUGCCGGGGCACUGUCUGCAUCUCAGACCUGCGCAUCCCGCUGAUGUGGAAGGACACCGAGUACUUCAGGAACAAGGGGGAGCUGCACCGCUGUGCCGUGUUCCUGCUGCUGCAGGUGGGGGCCGAGAUCCACGACACCCCCACGGUGCUGGUGGACAGGACCCUCACCGACAUCUGCUUCGAGGGAGCCGUGCUCUUGAACCCCCCCGGGUACCCCAUCACCCCACAGAACCCCCCCGGGUACCCCAUCACCCCACAGAACCCCCCCUGGGGAGGGGUCUGGGGGUCCUGGCAAGGUGGGGAAGUGGAUCUGGGCUCCCCUCGGGGCUUAGGGGUCCUUCCCAGCCCUCAAAGACCCCCAUGUGCCCCCCCAGAGCAGAGCCCCUGCUGGGGGUGUUUGGGGGGUGUUUGGGGUGUUUGGGGGGUGUUUGGGGGUGUUUGGGGUGUGUUUGGGGGGUGUUUGGGGGUGUUUGGGGGUGUUUGGGGGUGUUUGGGGUCAGCGUGCCCCCCGUGUGCCCCCCCAGAGCAGAGCCCCUGCUGGGUGCCCCUGUAUGGCCGCAUGUGCUGCCGCCUGGCCGCCAGACCCCGCUGUGUGGACACCCCCGCGGCCACCGGGACCCUGCGGCUGCAGGCCCCGGGGGUUGAGGGGCCGAGCGGGCCCCCCCUGUUCUGUGUCCUGAGGGGCCCCGACCUGCUGUGCUACGGCAGCGCCCACGAGGCCGAGACGGGGCAGGAGCCCACCCUCACCAUCGCUGUCACCAGGGACACGCGGGUGCGGGCGGAGCCGGGGGGGCGCGGGCAGCCCCCCGUGGUGGCCGUCACCAACCGGCUGGGGGGGGAGGAGGUGACCCACGGCCUGGUGGCCGAGAGCGCGGCCGAGGCCCAGCGCUGGCUCGAGGCCUUCGAGCAGCACCUCUGUGACCUGGGCCAGUGGAAGCAGUGCUGUGAGGAGCUGAUGCGCAUCGAGGAGCCCCCCCCGCGCCGCCCCCCGGCCCCGCUGCCCCCCCAGGGCUCCCUCUACCACCAGACGGCUAUUGACCCCUCGGACGACAUCGCGGCCGUGACCGACAUCCUGGCGGGGCACCGGGGGGGUCCCCGGGGGGGUCCCCGCCCGCCGGGCCCCCCCCCGUGGCUGUCGCUGUUCGAGGGGCCCCCCCCGCGCAGCCCCAGCCCCCCCCGGCGGGGCCGCCCCCGCACCCUGUCCCUGGACGCCCGGCUCAGCACCCUCAAGGCCCGGGGGGGCCCCCCCAGGCCCCCCCACUCCAGCUCCUCCAGCAGCGGCAGCAGCAGCCCAGGACCCCCCCAGUGCGACCCCCCCCACAGGUGCCCCUCCAGUCCCGGGUGUGACCCCCAGCACUGGGGGGACAGGGGAUGGACCCCCCCCAACCCCUGCAGGGGCCGGUGCCACAGGGGGGCUGGGGGGGUCUGGGGGACGGGGGCUCCCAGCUCCUUUUUUGGGGAGAAACUGGAAUUUCUGCCCCCUCUGUGCUGGGGGGGACAGAGCUAAACUCCAAAAAGGGGGGGGAGGGGCGUUGCCCCCCCCAGGGUGGGUGCUGGGACCCCCCCACCGCAGGGUGGGUGCAGGGGUCCCCCCAGGGUGGGUGCUCAGGGUCUAACCCGGGGGGGCACAAGGACCUCCCCCCAGCUCUACUUUCCCUCACCUCUAACCUGGGGGGGCAGCCCCCCCGGCAGGACACCCCUUAUUAAUAAUGUGCAUUAAUAAUUUGCAUUAAAAUUUAUUUAACA